AUCACAGCUCCAGAGUUUAGUUUCGUUUAACUCGAUUUCCAGGAAUAGAAAGUGAAACUUAAGUCAAAUCCCUGGCUCUAUGUAACUAACUGUUCACGAGUAGUGUUCAGAUAUUGUAAGAGAAGUCUUCAAACAUCCUGCUGUGUAGAGCAACAAACAAAACAUGUUUGAGGAGGAACUUCAGAAACUGGAGUGCCACUUUACUUGGGACUUACAGAAGGAGGAUGCUGAUCUUAAUUACCUGGAGAUCAAAUUCACUGAGAGUCUUUCAAUCCUAACUGAUCAUGGAGGGGAAUUCAGACAGAGGGAGUUCAUUUUUUGCGCAUACAUUUAUCACUUGCAGGGCUUCGAUGACAAGGCUCGGGAAUGUUUAGAAAAAGCAAAGGAAGUGCGGAACGAUAAUUCCUACAAUAUUGUCACAUAUGGAAAUUUGGCCUGGUUGCACCAUCACAUGGCUGAUGAUACCAUGGCCAAAGAGUAUUUGGAGAAAUUGGCACAAAUCUCUGGAGCAUUUCGUGUUCCAGAAAAAGAGUUGCCCCGUGAGGUCCUGAGUGAAAAAGCAUGGUCUUUUCUCAGUUUUAACAAAAAGCAUUAUAUCAAGGCAAAAGAGAUCUUUCAUGAGGCUCUACAGAAAGAACCAGAAGACAAAGAGUGGAACACUGGCUAUGCCUUUGCUUUGUUUCACCUUGAGGGCCUGGAGAUCAGGGAGGACAGGCGUGUACCUUUUGAAGAGUCGCCUGCGGUGAAACAGCUAAAGAGAGCCCUAAAACUGGAUCCAGACAAUGCCAUGAUCCAUGUGUUCAUGGGUCUCAAGUGCUACAAGAACAAGAGAAAUGCAGAGGCAUGGGAACACAUGAAGCACGCACUAGACAUGGCUCCAUAUGACCUGAGUGUUGUCCUGAGUGUUGCUAAAUUCAUGAAGAAGGAACAAUGCUAUGACAUGGCUCUUGGUGUGCUGAAGAAAAUGUUGGAGAAAGCACCAGACUCCUCACGUUUGCAUCAUGAAAUUGCCAAUAAUUACCGCUGGAAAGCCAUGCAGAUGGGAGACGCGCACAACCCAGUGCUCCUAAGCCAUUGUAUACACCAUUUAGAAGAGGGAGCCCGUUUAAAUCCACAUUUUGUCUACCCACAGAUUGAGUUAGCACUCAGGUAUGCUGAAGUUGGUAACUAUGCUAAAGCACAACAAAAGUUUCAAGAGUUGUUUGCACGCCCAAACCUGCAGCCAGCAGAUCUCCAGGCUUGGCAUCGCAUCUAUGGAGACUUUAAUAUGUAUCGUCUGGGCUCAGAGGCAACAGCAGUUAAGCAUUACAAAGAGGGCAUGGCACUACAAAAAGUAUCCACUGAAUGGAGGACCUGCAAAAACAGACUCCAAAAAGUCAUUUCCAAUACUAGAAAGGACGUGUACCAUAUUCGAGAGUUCAUGAAUUCUUUAAGAGAAAAUUCUCUGCAUAAUGAAAAAUAGAUUUUCUUUGUCCAGAAGACAAGAUGUAACUUUUUAUUGAAUCACAUCGAAAUUUCAAUAAUCAAAUUUCAAAAGAUUAUAUAUUCCUACAAGUUCACUGAUUAACAUAUGAUCAUGAAGUUGAAUCUAAUCUAAUCUAAUAUAAUAUAAUCAUAAGAUUUUCUUACUUUCUAUUAUAAAGAGAUGGAUGGCGAAUUGAAAACCAGGGCAUUGUUAUUUUGUGAAUGGAUUUUGCUGUAGUGUUUUGUCCCUUUAGAAAAACGUGUCUAACUGAAAUUCAGUACAAUCAGUAAAAGUUACUCGGACUGACUGCUUUUACUCUCUGAUGAAACAUUUCCUCCAAACACCAAAAUCCCCAGGACUCACUGAAUGGAUAGAUGUGUAUAAUCAACUCAUCUGAACAUCUACUGUGUACAUAAUUUUUGACUGAAGAGCGUUCAUCUCUCCAAUACAGCACUAUUUGUAGAAUCUGGGCCAAGUUGUGCUAAAGUUGUUCUUUUAGCAAUAAACAUAUGCUGAUUAUGUUGUUUCAUCCUAAAUAUGUGCAUAUAGUAUAUUGGUCUUCUCUUACAUAUUGCAUGAGAAUAUGUAGAUCUAAAGAUCUUUCUCAUAGAUCAUAAAUCUAAACUUUAUGAAUUGUUACUAAACAAUGUACCAGCAGAAGAAUAGUCCCAAUUUUACAGGUGCUUAGAUCUUUUCUUCUUGCCCUCAUGACCAUGUAUUUUUAUACAUGCCACAGGGCACAGGAGGUUGUGGAAGCACCUGUGUUCCAUUUAACAUUGGUUUAUUUAGUUUUUCCCUAUAUAUAUAUAUUAUAUAAUCUCAUCUAAUCCUUUACACACCAGUGUUCAAUGGAAGACUUUUGGUACGCUAACUGAUUUAUUAUCUAUCUUAUCCAUAUGCUUCAGUUAACUUGCUGUAACUUGCUGUUACAUGGUGUGUGUGUGUGUGUGUGUGUGUGUGUGUGUGUGUGUGUGUGUGUGUGUGUGUGUGUGUGUGUGUGUGUGUGUGUGUGUGUGUGCAUGUGCGUGUGUGUGUGUGUGAAUGCCAUUCAAUUUAUUUCUCUUUGUUCAGCAUCACCGAAACUGUUUCUACAAAUUUUGAUAAAUAAAAUGUGUAUAUUAUAGACUAAAACAGAG